GUUGGUUGGGUUGGUUGGUUACUUGACUGCUAAGGCAGUUAGUCCGUGGGGUUAGUCAGCGUUUCGCUGAUAGUCACCUAGCUAUGCUGUAUGUGCUGUACCUGGCCAUCAUUUAUUCAUUUGAGUCUACCGAUACAUUUCUUCAUAUUCUCGGUCAGUGUCUAUGACAGCAUCGAACUGUCUCCCAGUACCUGUUUACUGACCCAACUACUUUAUAUAUACACUGAUAUACAUAAGUCCAAAAAAUCCAGAGUGAAAGGUCCCGAGGGUGUCCUCCUUCUAGCGACAAACCUAAGUGAUUACUGCCAAUUGUCACAAGUGUGUCACAUCUUCGGCGACAAGCCCUGGGCGGAAACAAACCAUGUCUCAGCCGGUGCCAAUCAGAUGAAAUCCUCUCCACUUGGUCUGAGCAUCCAGGAGGGAUUAUUAGGAAUUAUCCCCGUUCAUCAAUGGCUACUUGCCUUCACUGCUUACCAUUCUGGAUGCCUCUCAGCCGAUUUUUUCUCUGUGUUUUAUUCCUCCUCCUUCCUCUGCUUCCCCCUCCUCUCUCUCUUUGCUGUUCAUAGAAAUGAGAUAGAUAGAUUGUUACAUAGUGUCGGACCCGAUAAAGCUCAUUCAUGCUGGAGAGCUUUAGUGUCUGUUGUAUGAGCAGCAUGAGUACAUGUAUGCAACCGAUCUUCAAACCACGCCUGAAUCGGAUUCUACUACUUCCCCCACAUCCAUUCGAGUGCCUCGUCGCUCCAAUUUCAGCCCAAUUCCCACUCCCUCGUUUGAUACUGAUGAUGAUUGAGAUUAUUCCCUUUAUACUCU